AUGACUGAUAAAUUGACCCUCGUAGUGGUUGGAGACGGAGAUGUGGGAAAAUCGUCACUAGCUUCGCGGUUUUGCUUAGACAAAUUUGCUGAGGGCUUGGAACCCACGCUAGAUGAUUCAUAUCGCACACGAAUGGUGGUUGAUAACCGCCCUUGCAUUCUCGAGAUAGUGGACACCGCAGGGCGAGGAAAUUAUGCAGCAAUCCGCGAAACCCAUAUCCGCGAGGGGGAAGCUUUCAUUAUUGCAUACAGCGUCACCUUGCGGGAGUCGUUCUCUCACGUACGAGCGUACUACAACCAGAUCAAAGAGGUGAAACAAGAUAUGAGCACAAAAGAUACUUUACAGCAGUCACCUUCUCAGCGUCCAUGUCGUCCGCCCAUUGUUCUGGUCGGUACUAAGAAUGAUUUAAAAUCCCAGCGUGAAGUCUCCGCCAAGGAAGGUCGGAUGCUAGCAAAGUCGCUAGACUGUUGGUUCUAUGAAACAUCUGCUAAGGAUGACGCAGAUGUAGAGAAGACGUUCCACGAUGUUAUCAGAUGCUUUCGAGAACAGAAUCUCCCAAAUCCUCCAACCCCAGCGUCGAAGCAACCAAAGGGAAGCACAGGGAGAUUCUGGGGCAGGGAGCGACGGAAGGUAUAUAAUGCACGUAGGUGCAUUGUAAUGUAA